AUGGGCGAACAGUCUAAGUCACCGGUGGUGGCCGAGGCCCAUCUGGUUGACACCUAUCACCCCCCGGCGAAGAUGCUUGAAAAGCAUCCCAGUAAACCUCAUCUCGAUAGUAUCGAGCAUUACCAACAGCUAUACAAAGAAUCUAUUACCGAACCCGAGAAGUUCUUCGGCACAAAAGCCAGAGAGUUGUUGACAUGGCAGCGAGAUUUCCAGACUGUCCGUACCGGAUCCCUCGUCAACGGAGAUGUUGCCUGGUUCGUCGAAGGUCAACUAAACGCUUCUUAUAACCUCGUCGACCGACAUGCAUUCAAGGACCCGAACAGAGUCGCGCUCAUCUACGAAGCAGACGAACCCAACGAGGGUCGCAAUGUGACGUAUGGGGAGCUUCUCCGUGAGGUCAGCAGAGUCGCACACGUCCUCAAGAAGAUGGGUGUCAGAAAGGGCGACACAGUGGCUAUCUACCUACCAAUGAUCCCGGAAGCUGUUAUUGCCUUUCUUGCAGUUACACGUAUUGGAGCUAUUCACUCCGUCGUGUUUGCUGGUUUCUCGGCUGACUCCCUACGUGACCGUGUCCUUGACGCCCAAUCCAAAGUAGUCAUAACUACAGACGAAGGAAAACGAGGUGGCAAGUUGAUCGGUACCAAGAAGAUCGUUGAUGAUGCGCUGAAACAAUGCCCCGACGUCACUGGGGUACUGGUCUACAAGCGCACUGGAGCAGAUAUUCCCUGGACUCCAGGUCGCGACUUGUGGUGGCACGAGGAGGUCGAGAAGUGGCCGUCGUACAUUGCGCCUGAAAUCGUGAACUCCGAGGACCCCCUUUUCUUACUAUACACGUCAGGUUCGACCGGCAAGCCGAAGGGUGUCAUGCACACAACUGCUGGGUAUCUUCUCGGUGCUGCGCUAACUGGCAAGUAUGUGUUCGACAUCCACGACGGAGACCGGUACUUCUGCGGUGGAGAUGUCGGCUGGAUUACCGGCCACACAUACGUCGUAUACGCGCCUCUUCUUCUCGGUGUCUCCACCGUCGUUUUCGAGGGCACUCCGGCCUACCCGAACUUUUCGAGAUACUGGGAUAUUAUCGAGAAGCACGAAGUCACCCAAUUUUAUGUAGCGCCGACUGCGUUGAGACUGCUAAAACGUGCUGGUGAUGAUUACGUUAAGGCUCAUAUGCCGAAGUUAAGAGUGUUGGGGUCUGUGGGUGAGCCUAUCGCGGCUGAAGUUUGGAAGUGGUACUUCGAAGUUGUAGGCAAAGAGGAGGCGCAAAUUGUCGAUACCUACUGGCAAACUGAGACCGGCUCGAACGUGAUAACUCCUCUGGCAGGAGUAACACCAACAAAGCCGGGCAGUGCUUCUUUGCCUUUCUUCGGCAUAGAACCUGCUAUUAUCGACCCGAUCUCCGGCGAGGAGAUACACGGAAACGACGUCGAAGGCGUGCUAGCUUUCAAGCAGCCUUGGCCCAGCAUGGCUCGCACCGUCUGGGGUGCGCACAGGAGAUAUAUGGACACGUAUCUAAAUGUCUACAAGGGCUACUAUUUCACUGGUGACGGAGCUGGUCGUGACCACGAAGGUUUCUACUGGAUUAGAGGACGAGUCGAUGAUGUGGUCAAUGUUAGUGGGCACCGUCUAUCGACCGCGGAAAUUGAAGCUGCCCUGAUCGAACACCAUUCAGUAGCAGAAGCUGCAGUCGUUGGUGUUGCUGACGAACUCACUGGACAAGCGGUCAACGCGUUUGUCGCCAUCAAGAACGGUGGCGAGGCCUCGGAUGCGCUGAGGAAGGAAUUCAUCCUCCAAGUCCGAAAGAGCAUCGGCCCGUUUGCCGCACCCAAAGCGGUAUUCAUCGUGCCCGAUUUGCCCAAGACCCGAAGUGGCAAGAUCAUGCGUCGUAUCCUAAGAAAGAUUCUAGCUGGUGAGGAAGACCAGCUUGGUGAUGUAACCACGCUAUCCGACCCCUCGAUAGUCGAAAAGAUCAUCAACGUCGUACACGAAGCUAAGAGAAAGUGAUGCAUAUAAGGACAUGUGCUUCUUCUUUUCUAAAUUCUGAUACCAUUCUGUCUUAGAUAAUGCGAGAGGUUUGGAACGUAUAAGAUUCAACUAGUGACACCGAUGUUUUAGCGGUUGGGUUCAUCCUUCAGGUGUUAAUGGUUUCGAGAUGACUAUAUGAGUUGGAAGGAUGAAUGAAUACUCCCGGUUUUCACGAAUAUUGCCUAUUUUUGGGGCCUUGCAGUUAGAUAACUCCGUCGACAGGUAGCUAGAAAAUAGCUCUGUAUAUAGACAGUGUAUCGACAACACGAAAUGGGUUGAUACUAGCUAAUUGCAUCUUUGCAGAAGUGUGUAUCAUGCAGUUGGUUCGCCCAGCUAAUGAGCAGUGCGUGAUAGAGACGUUAACCGACUUAUCCGUGGUACGCAACUACAUCAUAA